UCGUCGAGAUUGUUGCCCUGUAUAUUUCACGUAGUAUUAUUCUUCCGGUUAAGAUCUCCGUACCGAGCUAUUGUCGGAAUCCGUGAGAUCAUUAUUUGCGAAUGGCGAUUUAUUUUUUUGCAUAUUCGGAAAUUCACGUAAACUUUGGCACGUUGUAUUUGGCGCAUAACCUGACAUCACAUCUCGAAGCGUCUUGCUUGAAAGCCUUCUAAAAAAAUGAAGUACAAUCGUCUGGUGUCCUCGUCGCGUAGGAAGAACAGGAAGAGGCAUUUCACUGCGCCUUCCCAUAUCAGACGACGGCUCAUGUCCGCACCGCUGUCUAAAGAAUUACGACAAAAGUACAAUGUGCGGUCGAUGCCGAUUCGCAAGGAUGACGAAGUGCAGGUAGUACGUGGGCACUAUAAGGGACAACAAGUAGGAAAAGUCGUUCAAGUAUACAGGAAAAAAUUCGUAAUAUACAUUGAGCGAAUUCAGCGUGAGAAAGCAAACAGUGCUAAUGUCUACGUUGGUAUUGAUCCUUCCAAGACGGUUAUUGUUAAGUUAAAAAUGGAUAAGGAUCGCAAAAAGAUUAUCGAUAGGAGAAGCAAAGGCAGAUUAGCUGCGUUGGGUAAAGAUAAAGGCAAAUAUACAGAAGAUGUAACAGCAGCCAUGGAAACAUCGUAAUUUUGAUAUAUUUCUGCGUUCAUCACAAUAAAAUGUUAAAAAUUAAACUUAUAAAUUUUCUUUCAUUCAUGAAAUAUUUCUUCAUAUUCGUUGAAACCAUCUUAAACUAUAUUUUAAAGAGCUAAAAAUAUUCCGAUAAAAAAUAUAAGCUUAUUAUAUAGACCUGGAACUCGCACAUAGCGUGUAUCAUAUACACAUACACGUUACAUAAUAAAAUUGUAAUCCGUU